AAGAAUCGCUUACUAAACCCCUGAAAACCUUCAACCUCUUUCCCCUGCAUCUCUCAUGGUAUAGGAGUAUCAUAUAGAGUUGUUUUAUCACUUUUAUAGACUCUAAUUUUCUCCAUGUCACGACCACAACAAAGAUAUCGAGGAGUUCGCCAGCGGCAUUGGGGAUCUUGGGUUUCCGAAAUUCGACAUCCUUCCUUGAAGACAAGAAUAUGGCUAGGAACAUUUGAGACAGCAGAGGAUGCAGCCAGGGCAUAUGAUGAAGCAGCAAGACUCAUGUGUGGUCCAACAGCACGCACUAAUUUCCCUUACAAUGCCACAGAUUCGACAAGGUUUCUGUCUUCUGCUUUGAUAGCUAAACUUCAAAGAUGCCACAUGACAUCUCUCACUGCUAUGUCAAAAAGACCUGGAACGACAAAAUUGGAAGAUAAAAAAGAGAAUAAGCCAUCCCCAAUUAUUAGGAACAGGGGAGAUGGAGAAGAAGACCAGAGUGAAAGUGCAUCACAGCAAUUCAAGGAACUGGAAGAUGAACAUAUAGAACAGAUGAUUGAGGAAUUGCUUGAUUAUGGAUCUAUUGAGAUGUGUUCUGUUCUCAAAGAAUAAGACAUGAAUGCAAUAAAUUAGCUUCAAAUGGAAAUCAUUCCGUCUCUAUAACUCACUUUGUCACUCACUACUAGUUGACUUCGU